AUGGAGAGCAGUCUGAAGAUGGCAAGCAUAAGAGGGAGCAUGAGAAGUGUGAGCCGAAACGCUUCCACAUGGAGAUCAACGAGCUCCGUCUUCGGCAGAUCCAUCCGGGAGGAGGACGACGAGGAGGCUCUGAAAUGGGCGGCACUGGAGAAGCUCCCCACCUACGACCGGAUGAGGAGAGGGAUUAUUACUGGAGCUGGUGGCGCCCAAGAGGUGGAUGUUAAAGAUCUUGGACUCCAAGAGAGGAAGAAUUUGCUCGAGAAGCUGGUUAGGACUGCAGAGGAAGACAAUGAGAAGUUCCUUCUCAAGCUCAGGGACCGGAUGGAACGUGUUGGAAUUGAUAACCCAACGAUUGAGGUUCGGUUCAACCAUCUUAACAUAGAUGCCGAGGCGUAUGUGGGGAACAGAGGAAUUCCAACUUUCCUCAACUUUUUUGUGAACAAGAUCUCGGGAGUACUGAGCGCUUUGCAUAUUGUGCCAAGUGGGAAGAGGCCAAUUUCUAUCCUUAGUGAUAUCAGCGGGAUUGUCAAGCCUUGCAGAAUGUCUUUGCUUCUCGGCCCUCCAGGAUCUGGCAAGACUAGCCUUUUAUUGGCUUUAGCCGGAAAGCUUGAUUCAACUCUGAAGGUUUCAGGUGAGGUAACUUACAAUGGUCACCACAUGGAUGAAUUUGUACCUCAGAGGACUUCUGCUUAUAUUAGUCAGAACGACAUACACAUUGGAGAGAUGACAGUGAGAGAAACCUUGUCUUUUUCAGCAAGAUGCCAAGGAGUGGGAACUCGUUAUGAUAUGCUGACUGAGCUAUCAAAAAGAGAGAAGGAAGCAAACAUCAAACCAGAUGCAGAAAUUGAUGUCUACAUGAAGGCCAUAUCAGUGGAAGGACAGGAAAAUGUGAUUACAGAUUACAUUCUGAAGAUUUUAGGCCUGGAGGUUUGUGCUGAUACCAUGGUUGGAGAUGCAAUGAUAAGAGGCAUUUCAGGUGGACAAAAGAAGCGUGUUACUACUGGUGAAAUGCUUGUCGGGCCAGCAAAAGCACUUUUCAUGGAUGAAAUUUCGACGGGUCUUGAUAGUUCCACCACAUACCAGAUAGUGAAUUCCCUCAGGCAAUCUGUUCACAUCCUUGGCGGGACGGCAGUUAUUGCAUUGCUCCAACCUGCACCUGAAACCUAUGAACUCUUUGACGAUAUCAUACUUCUAUCUGAAGGGCAGAUAGUGUACCAGGGCCCAAGAGAGCAUGUUUUAGAGUUCUUUGAUUUAAUGGGUUUCAAGUGUCCUGAAAGGAAAGGAGUUGCAGACUUUCUGCAAGAAGUGACUUCUAGAAAGGAUCAACAUCAGUACUGGGCACACAAAGACGAGCCAUACUCUUAUAUUUCUGUCAAUGAAUUUUCUGAAGCUUUUCAGGCCUUCCAUGUCGGCCUCAAGCUACGAACAGAACUCGGUACUUCAUUUGAUAGGAGUAGGAACCACCCUGCAGCAUUGACAACUUCGAAGUAUGGCAUUAGUAAAAUGGAGCUCCUCAAAGUGUGCACCUCACGGGAAUGGCUUCUGAUGAAGAGAAACUCUUUUGUCUACAUCUUCAAAGUAGUCCAACUUAUCAUUCUUGGUUUAAUUUCAAUGACGGUCUUCCUGCGUACAAAGAUGCAUCGUGAGGGGAUAGAGGAUGGAGUCAUCUUCUUGGGUGCAAUGUUUCUUGGUCUUGUCACUCAUCUGUUUAAUGGAUUUGCCGAACUUGCAAUGAGCAUCGCAAAACUUCCUAUAUUUUAUAAGCAAAGAGACCUACUCUUUUAUCCCUCAUGGGCUUAUGCACUACCUACAUGGGUCCUCAAGAUACCAAUUUCAUUUCUGGAGUGUGCUGUCUGGAUUUGUAUGACUUACUAUGUCAUUGGUUUUGAUCCAAAUAUCAACAGGUUCUUCAAGCAUUAUCUGCUGCUUGUUCUAAUCAGUCAGAUGGCAUCAGGACUCUUUCGGCUCCUUGCAGCUCUUGGAAGGGAAAUGGUUGUUGCCGAUACUUUUGGGUCUUUUGCACAGAUUGUACUUUUGAUCCUUGGGGGAUUUCUUAUUUCACGAGAAAACAUUAAGAAAUGGUGGAUAUGGGGUUACUGGUCCUCUCCUUUGAUGUAUGCACAGAAUGCAAUUGCCGUUAAUGAAUUUCUUGGGCAUAGUUGGAAUAAGCAUGUCCCUGGAUUUAAUAAUACUCUGGGAAUUGAGAUCUUGAAGUAUCGUGGGAUCUUUGUUGAUGCCAACUGGUACUGGAUAGGUGUAGGGGCACUUCUCGGAUACAUCUUCCUGUUUAAUGUCCUCUUUGUUUUCUUUCUUGAUUGGCUUGACCCACUUGGCAAAGGUCAGACAACCAUUUCUGAAGAGGUAUUGAGAGAGAAGCAUGCUAAUAGAACAGGUGCAUCCAUCGAACUACCUUCAAAAGCUCAGUUAUUGCCACCAAGUACAGGUGAAGAAAGGAUUUCAAAAGAAAAUGAAAAUCGUGGAAUAAUGCUCCCAUUUGCUCCACUUUCAAUUACCUUUGACAACAUUAGGUAUUCCGUGGACAUGCCUCAGGAAAUGAAAGACCAAGGGAUAGUUGAGGACCGUUUGGUCCUACUGAAAGGUGUUAGUGGAGCAUUCAGGCCAGGAGUUCUCACAGCUUUGAUGGGGGUAAGCGGAGCAGGCAAGACAACUCUUAUGGAUGUUCUUGCUGGAAGGAAAACUGGUGGUUAUAUAGAUGGAGAUAUCCGUAUAUCAGGACAUCCCAAGGUGCAAGAGACAUUUGCUAGGAUUUCUGGAUAUUGUGAACAAAAUGAUAUCCACUCUCCACAUGUUACCGUUUAUGAAUCGCUUCUUUACUCAGCCUGGCUACGUCUAACCUCUGAAGUUGAUGCUACAACAAGAAAGUUGUUCAUUGAGGAGGUCAUGGAACUUGUGGAGCUAAAAACACUGAGGGGAGCACUAGUAGGAUUACCUGGAGUGAAUGGUUUAUCAACUGAGCAGCGAAAGAGGUUAACAAUUGCAGUAGAGCUCGUUGCCAACCCUUCAAUAAUAUUUAUGGAUGAACCAACCUCUGGGCUUGAUGCUAGAGCAGCAGCCAUUGUGAUGAGAACAGUCAGGAACACAGUGGACACUGGUAGGACUGUGGUGUGUACAAUACACCAACCAAGCAUUGAUAUCUUUGAAGCUUUUGAUGAGCUUUUCCUUAUGAAACGUGGCGGAGAGGAGAUUUAUGUUGGCCCGCUGGGCCGCAAUUCUUGUCAUUUAAUUAAGUACUUUGAGGAAUUUGGCGUCAGGAAAAUUAAAGAUGGCUACAACCCAGCAACAUGGAUGUUGGAGGUCACUACCCAGGCACAAGAGGAAAUUUACGGUAUUAAUUUUGCUGAAAAGUACAAGGACUCUGACCUCUUCAGGAGAAACAAAGCAUUGAUCAGUGAGCUAAGCACUCCACCUCCUGGCUCAGAGGACCUUUUCUUCCCAACCAAAUACUCUCAGCCAUUCUUGACUCAGUGCGAGGCUUGCCUAUGGAAGCAGCACAAGUCGUAUUGGCGCAAUCCAUCUUACACAGCUACAAGAAUCUUCUUCACCUCAGUCAUUGCUCUCAUAUUUGGAACUAUUUUCUGGAAACUUGGAAAAAAAGUGGAGAAACAGCAAGACCUGUUCAAUUCUUUAGGCUCAAUGUAUGCAGCUGUGCUAUUCAUUGGAAUCCAAAAUGGGCAAACUGUGCAACCAAUUGUAGAUGUUGAACGAUCAGUUUUCUAUAGGGAGAAGGCAGCAGGAAUGUAUUCUGCUUUACCUUACGCUUUCGCACAGGUCCUUAUAGAGAUUCCACACAUUUUCCUACAGGCUUUAAUUUAUGGGCUGAUCGUUUACAGCUGCAUCUCCUUCGACUGGACAGCAGUGAAGUUUUUUUGGUAUUUGUUCUUCAUGUUCACGACCUUCCUGUACUUCACAUUCUACGGCAUGAUGGCAGUGGCCAUGACACCCAACAGUGACAUUGCUGCCAUAGUCUCCACAGCAUUUUAUGCAGUAUGGAACAUUUUUGCAGGCUAUCUAAUCCCUCGACCUAGGAUUCCUGUGUGGUGGAGAUGGUACUCCUGGGCAUGCCCAGUUGCUUGGACUUUGUAUGGACUUGUUGCUUCGCAGUUUGGAGACUAUGAUCAGGACAAAAUGACAGACGGUGAUGUUACUGUACGGGAGUUUAUUAAGGAAUACUUUGGAUUCAGGCAUGACUUCUUGGGAGCAAUAGCUGCUGCAAUGAUUGGGUUUACUGUGCUAUUUGCCUUCGUGUUUGCCUUCUCAAUUAAAGUUUUCAACUUCCAACGACGAUAAUAAAAACGCUAUUCAACUUUCUCUCUCGAAAAUUUAUUCAUUAACUUCAGAAUUCGUGAUGCAGAUGACUUCUGUAUAUAUAAGUCUUUGUAGAACCUUUCUUUCUUUUCUUUUGUUUUUUUCUCCUUUCUGCGAUUGACUUCAACAGCCUUUUGUUAACUAGGCAAAGAAAAAAUGUUCUUAUAAUCUGCUUAUGUAAAACUUAUUUGUAUUAAUCCAUGCUGCUAGGUAUUUAUACGCAUUUUGUUA